UCGGCAUUACUGCAAGUAGCGGCAAACACUUGCCAGAUACCUUUCGGCCCCAACAGGCAACUCAACCGCAUCCCCCCCCAGUCUGCACUGAGCAGGCACAAGGCAAACAGUAGGCUCCAUAAUAUCCAAUAUCCAUAACCCAUAUGCUAUAGCGGCUGGUCCUCCUGUUGUUGCUCGGUAUCUGGCAAGGAACAGGGGUUUGUACUUGCGCCGCUGGAUAUGAGCAUCAUCAUGUUGCAGUCCGAAGUCUGCUCUUCACCAUCAAUUCCUUCCCUGCGGAUCGAUCCGCGUGACAGUCCGUCGAUCUAGAGCAAUGGCGGCUCAAAGAACACGCUGUAUUUGAACGCGACACACUGUCAUCCUCGCCAUGCCAUUCAUGGCCCGGUGGCUUGGCUUUUGCCCAAUUGUCCUCCACUUCGCCUCGUAUUUUUGUGCUGCACAGUCCUCACAGAUUCCCUUACUGUCGGAGCCGUCCGUCGAGCAGUAUCAGCGCCAGUUUCAUGACUCUGCGACAACAAUCCAUCGCGCCGUGACGGAGGGCGGGGUAUUACAAGGCUUGGAGUGCGGUGCAUGCCAAGGAAUCCUCUACGCCCUCAAGGGUCUCGCCGCGGUCGGCGGAGAAGACGCCGUGCAAUCGGCUCUUCAUGGUGUCUGCGACCUUUUCGAUGUCUCGAUUCCCGAAGUGUGUCGAGGCAUUGCUGAUCUGCAAGGGCCGCCACUAGCGUAUAUGGUCCAGAACAUCGAUCCAGACAGCGAACAGGGCAAAUUGUUCUGCUACUCCGCCUUCAGCUUACAACUGUGCCCGAGGCCCGAGAUAGCCGCUUACGAGGUCAAGUUCCCGAAGUCGAAACCUGACAUCGUCAUCAGGCCAAAAGGAUCAGGUGAACUUGUCAACGUCGCUCAUCUGAGCGACUACCACGUGGAUUACCAGUACACCGCAGGGGGCGAAGCGCAGUGCGAUACGUUCCUUUGCUGUCGCGGAUUGAAUGUGUCGUCAAGUACCGUGACUCGCGCAGCGGGCAAAUGGGGAGACUACAACUGCGAUGGCAACGAGCUCUUGACCUCGAACCUGAUCAAGAGCAUCCCAAAAGUCAGCGGACAGCCGCGCAUGGCUAUUUUGACCGGCGACAUCGACCCUCACAACAUCUGGUCCGAUGAUGUGAACUUUACCAGCACCAACAUUGACCGUGCGUACACCGACCUUCAUUCUCUAUUUGACGCUCAAGGGGUCCCCCUUUACGCUGCCAUCGGGAACCAUGAUGCGGGACCAGUGAACCAAUAUGAUCUACCGUCAGAGUUCAACCCGCCCAUGAUUACCUACCUAUAUAAGCUUCUCGCCAACAAGUGGAACGGUUGGAUUCCGCAAAGUUCGCAAGAGAAAGUUGCCACGAAUGGUCACGGCUCCUAUUCGCUCGUCCUUGGUGACGCAGGGACGCUCCGCCUCAUCUCACUGAACACGAACCUCGCGUACAGUCUGAACUUCUACCUGUAUCCACGGACGAACGAGUCGGACCCGGCAGGUAUCCUGGAAUGGCUUGUCGACGAACUGCAAGCUGCCGAGGACAGCGGCCAGGCAGCAUGGAUUAUCAGUCACGUUCCGACCGCCGGUGGCGAUUCGCUGCAGGCCUUCUCCAACUACUUUCUCCAGAUCGUCAGGCGCUACAGCGAAACGAUCACCUUCAUCGGCGCCGGGCAUACCCACCGUGAUGAAUUCAAUGUCUUCUACAAUCGCACGUCGGACCCCAAGGAAGUGCAGAGAGCCGAUGCAAUCUCCUGGGCCGCUUGGGGUCCAUCAGCGACGCCAUACACGAAUCUCAAUCCCGGCUGGCGCGUCUACCGCGUCGACUCGGGCAGCUGGGAGAUCAUGGACAGCCUGACGUACAUUGCCAAUCUUGACCAAGCAGACUCAUUUGACGCGAAUGGCGGUCCGAACUGGCAUCUGGAGUACUCAGCGCGCGAGUACGUCCCCAACUGGGCGCCAGACGCACCUUUGAACGCGACAUUCUGGCACCAAGCAACGCUCAACUUCGAGCACAAUUUAACGGCGUUCGAUCGCUACUUUAUGCAUCGCUCCAAGUCGUCCGGCCUGGACGGUAGCUGCGCCGCUGGCGAGCAGUGCGCACAUGAUAUUAUCGCCAACUUGCGCACGAGCGAGUCGAGUUAUUGGACCAAGGCCAGCAGCAAUCAUGGCCUCGUCACGCUCCAACGCCAAAUCGAUUCACGCGGCAUCAACCCGCGCAGCGGACAGCAUUGGCAGCAGUCGCUGUGCUCGCCACAUGUAGCGUAGGAUGCGAGUGAUGCACUGCACUUGAGGCAUUAACACCAAGAUGUUGGGAUCGGGAGAGCGGAGGAGAGGGGAAUGCGCCUUCGGUAUGUUCGAGCCACCUGUGUUUGCCCGAUGGUUCCGCUGCAGACACCUGCUGCACCGAUACAGCGCUUCUUGUUCGCGUGCAGUUCGCAACAUCUCGCUUAUUGCUCGCUGCCUCGUCGGCGAUACGGGUUUCCGUAAGCGGCAACGGUGCGGAUCGUGGUGGGGCAUCUAUGGCUGUGGUCUCGAACAAGCGGCGGUAGACGACAGAAGCCAACGGGGAAAGCGAAGGUGGGGUACACUGUGCACCUCCAUAGGGUUGAGU